UUGAGGUUAGUCCUUAUUGGCCAACUUUGUUCCUUCUUCAUGAGAACUUAACCAUAGUUGAGCUUAAGCGCUAGCAAACGCAACACCCUAACGCUAAGUUUCGGGCCGGGUUACAACGGAAAAAAAAGGAGCGAAAUUUUCCGGUGGGAAAUUGAGCGAAUUCGUUCAUUCUCCUGCUAGAAAAAGGCGAUCGGCAUAUAUUUCAGGAAUUAAUGUGAAUGCUUGACUCCGAGCAUAACAAUUCUGAAUUCUUAAUCAUGGAAAAUGGAAACAAGGACGGUGUGCCUGAAGCAUUGACAAAAUUGACAGAUACCGAUGAUUCUAGAGAAUCUGCAGUUAAAGUGAAAUGUAAGGAUCAGCGAGACGCUUUGCCUGGAGAACCUAAAUGUGUUGUAUGUGGUCGCUAUGGGGAAUACAUAUGUGAUGAGACAGAUGAUGAUAUUUGCAGCAUGGAAUGUAAACAAUCACUUCUACGCAAAGUGGCAAAUAGAUUGUCUCCAGAUAUGCCACCUCUUAAAAGACUUCCUGCAGCCGAUGAAUGUGUAUAUGUUAAGUCGGGUUCUUCUUCUUUGACUUGUGACCAAACUGAGUUGCUUAGGAGAAAACUUGGAAUCAGUAUAAAGGGAGACCUAGAUUGUGCUCCUAUAUUGUCAUUUUCUUACGGCAACCUUCCUCAGAAGCUCCUCCAGAAUCUUGAGACUGCAGGCUAUGAGAUGCCUACACCUGUCCAGAUGCAAGCUAUACCAGCUGCUUGUUUGGGUAAAAAUCUGCUGGUUUCAGCUGAGACCGGCUCUGGAAAGACCGUGUCCUAUCUAGUCCCAAUAGUUUCCUACUGUGCGCGUGUUCGUCUUGAGUGUUUCCAUUGCGAAAAGAAGCCACUAGCUAUGGUUCUUACACCUACUAGAGAGCUUUGCAUUCAAGUUGAAGAACAAGCGAAGUUGCUUGGAAAAGGCUUGCCAUUUAAAACUGCCCUUGUUGUUGGUGGUGAUGCUCUAGCUGGACAGCUCCAUCGUAUCCAGCAAGGAGUUGAGCUGAUUGUUGCUACUCCUGGCAGGUUGGUUGAUCUUUUGACAAAGCACGACAUUGAACUUGAUGAAGUGAGGACUUUUGUUCUGGAUGAAGUGGAUUGCUUGCUCCAGAAAGGCUUUCGUGAUCAGGUAUUACAAAUUUUCAGGGCUCUUUCAAGACCACAAAUCUUGAUGUAUACUGCAACUACCUCUCCCGAAGUAGAGAAGAUGGCAAGAUCUAUGGGAGAUGGCACUGUUACUAUAUCUGCGGGCAUGUCAAAUAAACCAACCAAGGCUUUGAAGCAGCUUGUUAUCUGGGUAGAAUCAAAGAAUAAGAAACAAAAGCUCUUUGACAUAUUAACUAGUAAACAACAUUUUAUGCCACCUCUCGUAGUAUAUGUUGGCUCAAGGCUUGGAGCCGAUCUCCUUUCCAAUGCAAUUACUGUUACCACUGGGAUAAAGGCAUUGUCAAUUCACGGGCACAAGUCAAUGAAGGAGAGACGAGAAGCCAUGAAGUCAUUUCUGGUGGGAGAAGUUCAAGUGAUGGUGGCUACUGGGAUUUUGGGUCGAGGGAUGGAUCUUCUGUGUGUGAGGCAAGUGAUUAUAUUUGAUAUGCCAAAUUCCAUUAAGGAGUAUGUUCACCAGAUUGGCCGGGCAUCUAGACUUGGAGAGGAGGGCAAAGCCAUAGUGUUUGUGAAUGGGGAAAAUAAGAAUUUAUUUCAAGAUUUAGUGGAGACUUUAAAGUCUUCUGGAGCACCUAUUCCUCGAGAACUUUUGAAUUCACAUUAUACAGCAAAAUCUUCGUACACUGCCAAACACCAGAAGAAACGAAAGCAUUCUUAGAUGUAAAUCUGUGGAAGAUUUUCUAUCCCAGUAUUGGCAUUAAGUAGGUCUCUAUCUACUUUGACGAAUUUACUCAGGCUUAUUAAACCUGUGAAGGCACUGGAGUUUUGUAAUUACACGUGGCAGAGUAAAUUCCUUGCAGUCUGCUGGCAGAAUGACUGAGGGGCAUGGUAUUUGAAGCUUCCCAAGGGUCUAGCUUUGGAAGAACAAAGAAGGCCUGCACCAACGCUACUAUGCUUCAAGAAUGUCAUGAUGAGACGGACGUGCAUUUCAACUUGGAGAGGUAAUUAAAGUGGGUGGCUAUGAAUAUAUCUAAAUUUUGGAGUGAUGAAACCCAUAACACUAGAGAAUUUCUAGGAUGGCAGUAGUACUACCUUCAUUCUUUGUCAUAAGAGAGGCAUUCUGAAGUCCAUGAAAAUGACGUGUCAAGUGUUGAAUGGAAGGAGUAUAUAAAGUAAUUUUCGGACCACCUGAGCUUACCAUCUCAUCAACAUUUACAAUGGAAGUUCAUGGAAUUCGAAAUUUGGAGGAUCGGUCAAAUCUCUUUUAUUAUUGUUGGAAGUUGAAAGGAGGGAAUUCUCCAAAUGAUAGAUACAGAGGCAAUGGAUGAAAAAACGACGACUUGAAUCAAAAUUAUGAUCCACAAGUUUGCAUGUGGUGGAUUGUGGAAGAGAUGCCUCUAUGUAUAAAUAAAUGUAGUUAAAUUUUUCCGUUGGAUGUAAACGGGUAGUGCUCAUCUUCAAUUGUUUGCCCAAAAAGAGGGACGUUCUCAAUUAAAUUUAUAAAUAUUGUAUUUUUUUCCUAAAAUAAAAGAAAAAAAGAUUAUAUGGGCA